UCCAUCUAGUCAUUUCCUGUGCAAACCCUUCUUCACUUUGCAAAAACCUAUACUGUUGAGUGAGUAAUAAUCAGUGGUUAUUCCUUCUCACAGGCAGCCUGGAUUCCCUCAUGGACCACCAACGAGGAGUUCCAUGUCGUGGCGUUGGUAGAAAGUGCUGAUAUGAGUAUGGUUGUCUCUGCAGAGGAAGAGAGCUCUCAUCCAUGGAUAUAAACAAUUUGAGGUCUUCAGGAAAUGCUUCCAUGCUUAUUAAGACUUACUGGUAUUUGAUUUGGUUUGUACUGAGUGAUUAUUUAGGCUUUGGAGGAUCAGUUGGGACUCCCUGUCAGAUCAGUUCUUGGGUGGAGCUUGCAGCAACUCAGGACUGUACUAGACUGACAAUAAAUAACUCUCUUGAGUGCUGAGGAGAAAUGGAAACUGCAGUUGAGAAAUGAUUUUGUGGAAAGGAAGCCAGAAAAGCACAAGCGAACUAUUACGGAAAUACAAAUAACCCUCUAUUUGUAGAGGAUCAGCAAACAUACCAGGUUAGUCUCUUGGUGGGCGCAUCUUUAGUAAUCUGCAAGACCAUCUAUACUAGAAAUGGAUAACUUCACAAAUGGGCAGCCAGGCCCAGGACAGAGAAACAGGCUGAUUGGACUGCUGGAAACGGAUGACAGUAUCCAGGAAGAUAAACCUACAUCUAGUAAAAAGGAAGAAAGAAUAGGGCUACAUGGAAAGAAAGGAGAGCCACAGCCCUUGGAGACACCUUAUCAGAAGGAGAGCAGCGACUAUGCUCCUAAAAUCAAAAUCAAUCUGAACUUUCGGCCAGGACUUGUCAGCAACCAAAAGGACCCCAAUCGCUUUGACAGAGACAGGCUCUUCAGCGCAGUCUCAAGGGGCAGCCCUGAGGCACUGGAAGGCUUACUUGAGUACUUAAGGAGGACUUCCAAAUUUCUCACCAACUCUGAAUACACAGAUGCAAAGACUGGGAAGACCUGCUUAAUGAAAGCCCUGCUGAAUUUAAAAAAUGGGAGGAAUGACACAAUCCCAGUUUUACUGGAAAUAGACCAAAAGACAGAGAAUCCCAGGCCACUUGUCAAUGUUGCGUGCUCUGAUUGUUACUACAGAGGCCAGACAGCACUCCAUAUUGCCAUAGAGAAGAGGAGCCUGGAUGUAGUGAAACUUCUGGUAGAAAAUGGUGCUGAUGUCCAUGCCAGAGCCCAUGGUGAAUUCUUUAAGAAGAAGAAAGAGGGAAUUUGCUUUUAUUUUGGUGAACUUCCCCUCUCCUUGGCUGCUUGUACCAACCAACCUGAGGUGGUGGAAUAUCUUCUAAACAAUCCCCACCAGAAAGCCAGGAUCCAGGAGCAGGAUACACAGGGCAAUACAGUGCUCCAUGCCCUGGUGAUGAUUGCAGAUGAUACCGAGGAGAACACCAAGUUUGUGAGCACAACCUAUGUUGAGAUCCUGAAGGCAGGUGUGAAGGUUGACCCAACGUGUAAACUGGAGGAGAUAGUGAAUUAUGAUGGAUUAAAUCCUCUGCAGCUUGCUGCCAAAACAGGCAAAGUGGAGAUCUUCAAACACAUCAUCCAAAGAGAGAUCAAAGAUCCAGAGUACAGGCACCUGUCACGCAAGUUCACUGAAUGGACCUAUGGACCUAUCCAUGUGUCUCUCUAUGAUUUGUCCUCUAUUGACAGCUUUGAGGAAAACUCUGUGCUGGAGAUUCUGGCCUACAGCAGUGACACACCAAAUCGAUAUAAGAUGGUGGUUUUGGAGCCACUGAACAAACUGCUUCAGCACAAAUGGGAAACAUUUGCUUCCAAGAGGUUCUACUUCAGUUUUAUUUCGUACUUGUCAUUCAUGAUCAUCUUCACAGCCAUUGCCUACUAUCAGCCUUUGCGGGUAAAGCCUUCAUUUCCAGUGGAGUUCACGGCUGGAGGCUUCCUGUGGGUCUCUGGACUGAUCAUUAUCUUGCUGGGAGGCAUUUAUCUAAUUUUUGCUCAGAGUCUGUAUCUGCGAAGGAGACGCCAAUCUCUGAAGACUAUGUGCUCCGACAGCUGCAUUGAGAUCUUGAUCUUCAUCCAGGCAUUCUCAUUGCUGUUGUCAGCAGUGCUGUAUGGUGCAAGUUCAGAAAACUAUGUAGCAGUGAUGGUUUUCUCCCUGCUUUUGGGAUGGACGAAUAUGCUGUAUUAUACUCGGGGCUUCCAGCGCACUGGGAUUUACAGUGUCAUGAUACAGAAGACUAUCCUGAGAGAUCUGCUACGUUUCCUCUUGGUUUAUAUGAUCUUCCUAUUUGGCUUUGCUGCCGCUCUGGUUACUCUGAUGGGGGAUGCUCCUGCAGUCUCUCAGAACAGAUCUGUUGCUCAGAUGGAGGAUGCUGGGAACCAUGCUAUGUACGGCGGGCUAUUUGGUGUCUCUCUGGAGCUCUUCAAGAUCACCAUUGGGAUGGGUGACCUGGAGUUCCAGGAACAUGCCAGAUUCAAAUACUUUGUGAUGCUUCUGCUGCUUCUCUUUGUGAUCCUCACUUACAUUCUUUUGCUCAACAUGCUGAUCGCACUCAUGAGCGAGACUGUCACUGAUAUUUCUGGCUAUAGCAAAAGCGUCUGGAAGCUGCAGAGAGCUAUUGCUAUUCUAGAAAUAGAAAAGGCCUGGCUGUGGCGCCAAGGUGGAAAGAGGAGAUCUGGCUGCUUCCUUUCAGUGGGCCUCAAUAAGAAAGAUGAGAGAUGGUGUUUCAGAGUAGAGGAAGUUAAAUGGACAAAUUGGGCAAAGGAGGUGGGAGUUCUCAAGGAAGACCCUGGUAACUCCAGUGAUUCAGAAAUAAAUCCAGAAGAGACAAGAUCAUGGAAACGGAUGCCACAGAAACAACUGAGAUCAGCUGUUCCAGAGGAGCAGUCACUAUUGCAGCCCCGGCUAUCAGCAACUGAGAUGAUGCCUCUAGAGGGACAAACCAGAAAUCUUUAGCACAAUUUCUGGAUUGUAGCCUUGCUCUCAUCUGCAAAAGAGUUCUUCCUAUAAUGCUGGAAGAAUUGAAGGCAUUAUUAGUACUAACAUGCAUUUCAUCAAAGACUGGUUCAGCCUGUGGCUUUAAAUAUUUUCAUGCACUUUAUUUCCUCUGAAGAAAUGAUUUUUACUCCAUUUUCUCUGCCUGACACUCAUUACAAUGUCUAAAUGUGCAAGAAUGAGAGCAAAAUCAUAGUGGCAGUGGGGAGUGGUCUGUGUCAGGGAAGGUAUGUGAGCUGUAUAGAAAUAAUGCUGUUUGCCAUAAAGAAGCAAAGGAUUGCGUGACCCAUCUAAAAACAGGCUGACUGUUCUCCUCAUGUCACAAGAGGCUGCACUAAAGUGCUGUAGAAUAAAGAAUGCUAUAAAAGCAUAAAAUAUUGCUAGGUACGGAAAUGGCUUCUGUGCAAAACACUAUGUGAGAUGUGUGGACAAAUGUUCAGGCUUCAGUCGUCAAGAGCCACAUAACAGUCUUUGUCUCAGUGCUUGCAGUGCUCAGUGUUUAGACUGUAUCAGAAUUCCCAUUUUACAGGAAGGCAAUGAAAUCAUUUGCACAAUGUGCACGUUUCUUUAACAGCAUGAAAGUGAUACAGAUUUCUUGAAAUUGUAACCUAGCAAGGCAAAUUUCUGAAACAUCUGUCUUAUGAUUGUCUCUGUAGAAGGUAACAGUGGAAUCUUACAUAUAUGGCUUCUGAAAAUUAGAUGGGCCAAAAUGUGUGAUGUGGUUAACAUUUCCUCUCAGACUUAGCGGGCUUAUCUUGCCCUAAAUGGCUACGAGGACUUCGUUGUUUUUUGUAAUAUGCACAGUGCCUCAGAGAGGAUGGGAAACAUACUUCAAACUGUGGAAAAAUUAAAAAAUGAGCUGUCACACUUUCAGCCCAUGUUUAAAAACAAUGCUUGAAGUAUUCCUCUAAACUACCAGUAUAGCAACUUACUUAAUUGAAAGUGCUCAUCCUUGGAUUUAUUUUAAGACCUUCAGUAUCUCAAAAAGAAGAGAUGAUGUGAUCAGUGGUGACUACAAAACCUUAUCAAACUGCCAAUUGCAGUUCGUGAAUCAGUGUGCUGACCCUACUGCCAUGCUACUCAACUGUUGUUUUUCAUGACCUCAUGUCAGUUUAUGCAGCCACAUCUGAAGCUGUAAGAGCCUAGCCCUGGUUUUGGAUACAUUUUUGAUAGUGGGAAUUGUUAGGGAUAACCUUGAAAAAGCUACAGACUAAAAAUUGUGGCAACACCUUUCCUUCAGUAAGAUAAACUGUGCAAACCUAGAUCCUUCUGUCUAGUCUAAGCAAGUGAAACCAGAGGCCUGUCUUUUGGAAACGACCAUUUUAAUUCCAUGGCCUAUUGCUUUCACAUGACUGGCAACAAAAGCAUUAUUGUUAAAAGUUGUUCCCUGCCCCAGCAUUUCCAGCAGGCUCUUCCCCUGUGCUGGACGCUGGUCUCCGCAGCUUCACUACAUUGGGUUUCUGAGUUAUAACUGAAUUCUCUCACUCCACCUUCUGCUGUUUUCUUGCUUUGUGAAGCGUUCAGCUUCUUUUUCCAUCUAUGGCUUUGUCCUAAGUGUGCCCAAGAUUUGGCAAGGUGUUCAAGUUGCACAAAAGGAUAGGCCAACACAUGGUGAUCUAUUGCUGUGCUUGAUGUUUUGCUGUGGUAGGGAUGCUUUGAGAUUCUCAAGAAAUGCAGAAUCAAAUCUGCCAUCCCUGCCUGGAUCUUAAUAAACAACAAAAGAGAAAUCACACCUGUUGGUAGUGUUUUUGAUAGGUGUGGGCUGUGACAGCUUGCUGUCACCUGCUUCUUCAGACAUUCUUUGAACCUGCUGCUGUUUAAAUUGCUUUCUUAAGCUUGUAGUAUUAGUUAUUGUUUUGAUCUGCAUCAAAAAUGCUGCCAAAAAUCAAGCAUUCACUGUGCUUUAAAGUCAUGCCACAGAAAAGCAGUCCAAGGCCUCUGCUGUCUAUCAUCCUUUCUUGAGUGAGCUUCAGACAAGGACAGGCAGAUGCAGCAAGCAUCUGGCCUGGUUGGUCAGGAGAUUUAGCAGUGACCAGACUCUUGUACGGUUCUUUGUGCUCAUGGAGAAAAAGAGAAUUUUGAGGAGUUAUGAUCUCUCUGCAGUGCAGUCCUUCCUAUGAAGCUGAGAUGAGCAAGUACUCUUGAGAAGAUUAACAUCAGUAAAGCAUUUUGGGAAAAACCUCCAAUUUUCUAUAUCCUUAAUUGAUGCACAAGGCUUGUCUGUGGUUUCAGCAUCUGAGCCACUUCCCACUUUGGUGGUGUUACAAACAGGAAGGCUGUCUGGAGUUUACUUUGUAGGAUUUUUGCAGUUCCCUGCAAGAGGACAGAGUUACGAGCUGGUUCAUAGCUUUGAAGGCCUGACAGGAUUUGGGGUCUGCUAUUAAUAGAUGAUACUGUUUUGUCAGGACAUACUUCAGUCAUUUACACAAGAAAUGAGUAACAAAUGAACCUAAUCUCUCCCUUCUACUUCUUGUGAUGGAUAACCUCGCCUGCACGGAGCCUCUGUCUCGAAGCCAUCGCUGUACAAAGCUGGGAGGCUUUGCAGUGCUUUCAGCUGAGAAAACGGAAACCUUUCUCAAAACUCGGUGAAUUAAUAAGUGCAGUUUCUCUCCUCAGUCUCUGCUGUAUGUCUGCUGCUGCAGAGACUCUGAGGGUCUGAUAUGCCGCUGGGAGAAGACACCAACAGCUCUCAUUAUUUUCCAUUCAGUUACGGAUGCUCAAGCCCUCUCAUGCAAUUUGGCCAAAGCUGCAAGAACACAGAGAGCUGAGAUUGUGUUGUUUCCAAACUCCUGCUCUACUUGAUCACUAUUUACCUGAUUAUUGCUCCCUGUGGCCUCUGUACCAGGCUCCAGAUGUCUCCUGCUUGGAGUGAUCUCACUGACGAUUUGCAUGGUUUUCUUAAAAGAGGCUUCGUGCCCGAUUUCUGUGGUUCCAAGCUCCCCAUGAGGCCAUUUUACUCAAAGGUAUCAGAUUUGUUCUUAACCUUCCUCAAGUGCUUUGCAGCUUUGCACAUUUAGUUUUAAUGCUUCCCCCCCCCCUUUUUUUUUCUUUCAAAGCAUGCUCUAAGGCUGAGGAAACCAUGGGGAGGUGUAUCUGUGCCUCAGUCGGUCAGUUCUCUCUUCAUCUCUUCAUGACCCCACUUGCAUCUUAGCAUACUUUCCGUUGUCCCUCUUUGUAACUAGCAAAAGGAGUCGUUGAAAUGUGACAAGCAAAAGGGCUCAGACAAAGAACAGAUGCUUCACGUAAGUCUACAUGAGCUGCAAAGAGCUGUUCCUGAAGCAACGCAGCUGGCAGGUUUCUCAGCUGGACUGUUCCUGCAACUAGCAAUGACUUUUGUGGUAGCUGUGGAUCAGUUUUGUUCUUCUUUUCCUUCUUCAAGAAAUUGCAUUUGUUACUCUGGGACUUAAAAAGUAAAUGGAAUUUAAAACAUGGUAUUUUUAAAGAAAGCUGUUCCACUUUGCCAUCUCAUGUCUGCUUCAGCAGCACAAGUAAAAGUGGUGCCAGACAGGACCAGCAUCAGAAAGCUGUGUGCGUCACUGCCUCAUGGUUGGCAUCUAGCUGUUAUUAAAAUCUGAGUGCAGAGAAUAUUUAACUUUCUCUUUUGAAGUUAUCUUUCUCAGUCCAGAUACCUGAAAUGUGGAGUACUACAGCCUUUAUGGAGCAUGAGGUUCUUUGAUGACUGUCUAGUGUUAAAAAGAGGGAGCCCUUGGAAGAAAGGAGCUGGAGGUAGCCAGAAAGUCUGCAUGCCUUUUUUAGUGCUACGUUAUUUUCUGAAAAUGCUUGGAAAGUUUACGCUCUCAGGGCAAAGACCACAGUGUCUCUGGAACUGCCUGCUUCCCUUCCCCACCCCCAGUCUUUCCGAGGGACUUUCUAUGCAGUUAACUCUUCUAAUGGCUCAAUGUUUGCUGGUUGAGCUCACUUAAUGCUUGUAAUAACAACACCCUGCAGCUAGACAACAUUUGCUGCACAAUACUCUGAUGACGUGAACCAUCAUGAACCAGUUCUGUGCAAGUCUGGUCCAGACUGGGGAAACAAUACGGUGAGAUGAGGGAUCAUUAGAAGCCAAAGAAUUAUUGGUAGAGGGGGAUAGAAACGUUCAGGAUCCUGUAACCUUUCCUGGCUAUCCUGCUGUAAAAUGUCAAUGUUUCUGGUAAUAUACGAAAUAAAAAGGGAACACUG